AUGGAUGUAUGUGAAUCAAGGGUAGCAUUACAGAAGCACUCCACCGUGGAUUCUGCAAGAAAACCAUUGAUGAAUGCUGACAAUAAAAUUGGAACCACUCGACAGUCCCAAACCAGAGAAGUUAGUUCUAGGUAUAGGUCACCUACUUCAUCUGCAGCCUCUUGUCCAAGGCGUUGCCCUUCUCCAAAUGCUGCUAGAACAUCAACAUCGUCAAUUGUGUCAGCAAAUAAGAGGUCGGCAUCAGCUGACAGAAAGUGUCCUACCACUCCAUCUCCUCGAAGUCCACGUUCAUCAACCCCAGUCCAGGAUACAACUGCAGGAAUGCUUUUGGCAUCAAGAAAAAUAAUAGCAAAUAAGUUACCGGAGUCUUUAUGGCCCUCUACAAUGCGGAGUCUCAGCGUUUCUUUCCAAUCUGAUACCUUUUCUCUCCCUAUUAGUAAGAGAGAAAAACCAUCGUCUCAUGGUCUUUCUGAUAGCACUUUGAAGUCAUCAGUGAAUGUAGUGCAUAAACAGGGCAAAUCACCACCGGCUUCAAGGAAGCCUACACCAGAGAGGAAGAGGAGCCCAGUUAAAGGAAAGAAUUCUACUGAUCAUUCAGAGAAUUCCAGACCAAUUGAUGUUUUACAUACUCGACGAGUGGAUCAGCAUCGAUGGCCAAGCCGAACAGGUGGAAAAUUGUCCUCUAAUGCUUUAGACAGAAAUUCUGAUCUCCCCGAAAAGACCAAUAGAACAUCUUUAUCCCACUCACGAGCUAGUUCACCUUCCCCGAGGAGAUCAUCUUCGGAUGGGGCGAUUAAACCUUUUUCAGAAACUAGUGCUUCGUUAAGAUGUGUAUCUCGUGGUGACAUAAGUGAGAAAACUAUGUUGGGCGGUUGUUCAGUUGUUGAUAGUUCACUGCUAAAACAAAAGAUUGUUUCUUCAACCUCGUUGAAUAGAGAAACAUUUGGAAAUUCUGUUGUUAGAUAUCAAUCUUUGCCAACUCCUGGAUCACGUCCUGCAUCACCCUCUUUGUCUAGAGUUAUUCCAUCUGGAGCAAAGGUUGUCAAUCCUUCUUCUAGAGGACCUAGUCCUGCUCGGGUAAGACCAUCCAGUCCAUCAAGGCAAGCCCAGAGUUCAACUUCUGUCCUUAGUUUUAUUGUGGAUAUUAAGAGAGGGAAGAAGGCUGUAAAUCACAUCGAAGAUGUUCAUAAUUUGCGGUUGCUAUACAAUCGACUCUUACAAUGGCGAUAUGCCAAUGCCAGGGCAAAUUCUGCUCUGCAUUCUCAGAAAAUAAAAGCAGAGAAAUUGCUGUACAAUGUUUGGAGAGCAACUGUAUGUCUAUGGAAAUCAGUGAUUGGUAAAAGGAUUGAGCACCAGCAGCUGAGACAUAAGUUGAAGCUCUAUACAGUUUUCGACAACCAACUGGCGUGUCUUGAUGAAUGGGCUUCUAUUGAAAGGGAUCAUACUAAUGUGUUAUCCUGGGCUAUACAAGAUCUUCAAGCUAGCACUCUCCGUCUUCCAGUCACUGAAGGGGCAAAGGGGGACAUUGAAGCCAUUAAGGCAGCUGUUUGCUCAGCAGUUGAUGUGAUACAUGUAAUUGGAUCCUCCAUGGGCUCCAUAUUUCUGCAGGUGGAGGGAAUGAACAGUGUGGUUUCUGAACUUGCUGUAGUAGCUUCACAAGAGAGAGUGAUGCUUGAUGAAUGUGAAUCUCUUUUGGCUUACACGGCGGCUAUCCAGGCAGAAGAACAUAGCCUUAGGACCCAGUUGAUACAGUUGAGACCAGCUUGA